AUGCUGAAAGGUGCAGAUGAUGUUGCUAUGGAACAGGAGGACUCUGCUUCCCAAAAUGGAGAAAUGGCAAGUUGGGAUAUCAAUGACAUCAAACUUCCCCAGGAUGUGAAACACACGGACUGGUUUCAAGAAUGGCCAGACUCCUAUGUAAAACAUAUCUAUAGCUCUGAGGAUAAAAAUGCUCAGCGGCACCAUAGUAGCUGGGCAAUGAGAAACACCAACAACCAUAACUCUCGUAUCUUAAAAAAGUCCUGCCUUGGGGUGGUGGUUUGUGGCAAUGACUGCUCAACUCUGGAUGGGAGGAAGAUCUACCUAAGACCAGCCAUAUGUGACAAAGCUCGGCAAAAACAACAGAGGAGAUGCUGUCCAAACUGCAGUGGACCCUUGCAGCUCAUUUCCUGCCGAGGCCAUGGCGGUUACCCAGUUACCAACUUCUGGAGGCAUGAAGGCCAAUUAAUAUUCUUUCAGUCCAAAGGGGCUCAUGAUCAUCCACGACCUGAAACAAAACUAGAAGCAGAAGCAAGAAGAUCAAUCCAAAAAGCACAGACAGCUUUCUCUCCCACUUGUCCAAGACUAAAAAGAUUUCGGGAAACUGAGCGCCACGCAGGUGAAACGCAGCCCCGCGACCCUUUGCCUUUCCCGCGGGCCAAGACGGGACCUUCCGUUGCUGCCGCUCACUUCGGCCGCCCAGCAAGUGGGAUCUCCCCGGAGCGAGCACUCGGUGGCAGACUGGGAAUCUCGCCGUACGUGGGGGCAGGUGCUGAGGCUGGAGGCUCCGGCCUCCGCUGUGACAAGCCGGGGGAGCCAGUGGCCGCCGUGGCUUGCGGCCCCUCUGUUGGCUUCGUCGAGCUGCCGCUCUGGGACAGGGUGCUGCCGGCUGCCCCGCGGGGCUGCCACGGGCCCGCGCUCGCUCCAGCCCGCCUGCCCAGCGAGCCCCUGUGCCCCGGCAUCCACCCAGCUCCCGGUGCACCACUCACACCCAAGGGUGGCUAUGAGCCUCUGGGCCCCACCGGAGAUGCAUCCCACAGGGAAAAGCGCCACGCGGCCAGUGGCGGCCUGCCCGCCUCGCCAUACCUCCUGGCGCAGCAGGAGCCCCUCGUCGUCCCGCCCGGCGCCCACCACCACUGCGCGCCUCUGAAAGCACAAGGACGGGCCUUGGAGGAUGAGCAGCAGGGUCUGAACCUGGACUGCUGCAGCAGCGACAUGUUUCUUAACCUGUGCCCUUUACGGUGA